AGGUUUUACGGCUCUAGGUGACCACUCCAAGGUCGCAUUUUAUUAUGGCUGGAUCAACGCGUCCAUCUCUUAUCGAAGCAUGCGCGUUGCGAGUUUGGCCACGAUAGCAAGUUUUGGCUGAUCCUCAACACUUCUAUAACCAGAGAUAGAAAGCUCAUAAAUCCGGGUAAGAGAGGCUGCAGCGACAGACGCUGUCUCAGGUGUAUAAAUGCGACUACAUCCACUCACCGUAAGAACCUUUUUGCGUGCAUAUAAGCUGUGCCGAGUCGCCAGAAAUUGCCACUACCAUUCCCAACGUGGUAGCGGCCUUAUGCACGCUCCUGAACCAAAUGGCGGGUUUGGGCUGGGCAAGAAAUGGCUUCGAAAUGCGUGAAUUAGGAAGGUAACGACAAAAUAGAAAUGCAUGCGACCGCAGCGCAUGCUACUCACUAUAGACGACCUCGACGACCGCCGAAGCGCAGCGAUGGACGGACUUUAGAAACACCAUCGCUUCCUACCAGAAGGAGCAAAAACAUGCAGCGGCUCAUGCCGGGAGCAGCAGAGACAUGCAGCGCUUCAUACCAAGAUGAGCAGAAACGUGCAUGUUCUCGACCUCAUCCUGCUGCUGCUGCCGUUGGCGCAGGAGCCGUCUUCUUUACGCAUUACAACCUGUAUAUCAUGCUAUCAGAACCAUCCCAACCAACUCCUCUGAUCCCUUCUCAUCCCGUACUCUCCAAUACUUCUUUGUCGAAAGCGAGCAAGAACAUUGCAAGACCGGCGAUGCAAAUCCAGCGUGGCAUGUGGGUGUGGAACACCGCACAACUGCUCACCAACACGUCACAAAUCGACAGUCUCGUGGCAACUGCUGGCAAUAUCAGCAUCACCGACCUCUACCUUUACGUGGCACCGACCUGGUGGGAUGACAAAGGCAGCGACAUUGCAGGAUUCAACAGCAGACUGAACGCUGCCGGUGUUCGUAUGUGGGCGCUCGACGGCGACGCAGCGUACAUCGACGAUGCUACUGCCCAAGGGAACUAUCUCAGUGGCCUUCACGACCUGGUCCAGUUCAACCAGCAGGUCGACGCAGACGCUCGCUUUUUCGGGUUUCAGGCCGAUAUUGAGCCCCAGGACACGGCAGCUCACGAAACGUACUUUUACAAUGGCAUUGUGGAAUCGGAUCUUACGCCAAACCAAACCAACUCCCGCGACACGCUUUUGUUGCAAUGGCUGGACAUAUUCAACCAGUCUAGCACCCUCUUGCGCGGUAAUGGCCUGCAAUUCGGCGCAGCGCUGCCCUUCUGGUUGGAUAACUACGACGGUGAGCCACUUACAGUACCCACGACGGACGGGAACCGCACUGGCAUCAUGGACCUCAUCAUGCCGGUAGUGGACGAGUACGUGAUCAUGAGCUACAACACGCAUCCAGAAUCGGUCGUGUCUUUCGUCCAGGCGCAAGCGGCCUAUGCCUCCGAGCACAGCCAGCAAGGCGAGAGGAUGCCUCGCGUUCUCGGCGGUGUCGAAACCGAGCAAGGUGUUGGCGCGGGCGUCUCAUACGGUGACACGCCCGGCAAGCAGUCCAGAACGGUCGUACUCAGCGACAUAGCCGAGAUUGAGGCUAACCUCACCGUGUUCCCAUCUUUCGGUGGAAUGGCUAUCCAUCAUUGGUCGGCUUGGGAGGCUCUCGGGCCGUGAGCCUCCGCGCCGCACGACCAUAUAUGCGGUACGCAAUAGGCCGAGAUAUGGGGUUUGAGGCACAGCGAAGGAGACAUGAUGAUUGUCAUAAUCUUGUACAUAGUAUCGAAGAUGACACUGGAGGGAAAAGCAAUUGGUUGGAGUUCUGGAAUUCUGCUAUGUGUUGAGAGUGAGAACAUGCCAUGUACCCUGUACUAACGUAUUAUGUAUUAUUAUACGCAAGAGACCC